AUGUGGAUCCAGUCCAUUACCCACAAUGGCACGGCUGCAUUCAAUUCUAAUCCCAGCUCGUAUGUUGUCUACAGGAAUGUCAAAGACUAUGGUGCUGUUGGAGAUGGAGUUACUGAUGAUACUGCUGCAAUUAAUAAGGCAAUCUCUGCCGGUGGACGUUGCGGGCAGGGAUGCUCUUCAUCUACCAUCCAACCAGCACUUGUCUACUUUCCUGGGGGUACCUACCUCGUCAGUAGCCCGAUUCAGAUGUACUACUUUACCCAACUCGUCGGAGACAAGAACAACAUGCCCACGAUUAAGGGUGCGAGCGGCUUCUCCGGUAUGGCUCUCAUUGAUUCUGAUCCGUACGAUUCAUCUGGUACCAACUGGUGGACCAACCAAAACAACUUCUACCGCCAAGUCCGGAACUUUAUCCUGGACACCUCUUCCGUCUCCGCUGGCGCGACAUGUAUCCAUUGGCAAGUCGCACAGGCUACGAGUUUGACAAAUCUGGUGUUCAAUAUGAAGAGUUCGGAUCAGGGUAUCUUCAUGGAUAACGGAAGUGGGGGGUUUAUGUCCGAUCUCAUCUUUAAUGGGGGUAAGUACGCUAUGUGGGUCGGAAACCAGCAGUUUACUUCUCGGAACAUCACGAUCAACAAUGCGGCGACUGCGAUCUUCAUGAAUUGGAACUGGGGCUGGACGUUCAAGUCUUUAUACAUCAACAAUUGUAAUAUCGGCUUGGAUAUCACAAGUGGAGGCAGCAGUAACGGACAGGUUGGAGGAGUGAUUUUGAUGGAUGCAGUCAUUACAAACACACCGGUUGGUGUCGCCACUGUUAUGUCAUCUUCGUCCUCACCCGAGGCUGCUGGAUCUUUGUUAUUGGACAAUGUGCAGGUCACGAAUGUCCCAAAAAUUGUUGCAUCACCGUCUGGAUCAACCAUCUUAGCUGGAUCAAUUGGGUCCACUACGAUCACGUCCUGGGGUCAGGGCCAUGUGUAUACUUCCGCCACAUCUGUAGCAAGUUUCAAGCAGGGUACUUUGACCGGUCCAUCCAAAUCUUCAUCUCUUCUUCACGGCGGGGUUGGCGGCGCUUUCUGGUUCGAGAGAUCAAGACCACAGUACGAACAGUAUGGCGUGGAUCAAUUUGUCUCCGUGAAGGCCAUGGGUGCGGCCGGAGACGGGUAUACCGAUGAUACCGUGGCUAUCCAGAAGACUCUGAAUAAGUACGCCGGAUGCAAGAUUGUUUACUUCCCUGCUGGUUCGUAUGUCGUUACGAAUACCAUCACAAUCCCUGCUGGCUCGAGGAUUGUGGGUGAAGUCUGGAGUACGGUUAUGGCAUAUGGUUCGAACUUUGCGGAUUCAUCCAAUCCUAUCCCAAUGUGGAAGGUCGGCAAUGUGGGCGAUGAUGGUGUAGUUGAGAUCUCAGAUAUGUUGUUCACGACGAAGGGACCUGCACCCGGUGCGAUUCUGGUGCAGUGGAACAUUCGCGAUCCCGCCGGGAGUCAAGGUGUUUCCGGCAUGUGGGACUCGCAUUUCCGUAUUGGCGGUGCCAUCGGUACGCAAUUACAGACCAGUCAAUGCCCUACAUCUGCUGCUGUCAGCGCUGCAUGUGAGGGUUCAUUCUUGAAACUACACAUCACUUCUGAAGCAUCGUUCUACGGUGAGAACUUGUGGAUUUGGACCGCUGAUCACGAUCUUGACAUCUCAGCGCAAACCCAAAUCUCGUUAUACAAUGCUCGUGGUGUGUUGAUCGAAGCCGAGCAAGGACCGGUCUGGUUGUAUGGUACCGCUUCGGAGCAUUCCGUCAUGUAUCAAUACUCCAUCAUCAACGCCGCUAAUGUGUUGAUGACGAUGAUUCAGACUGAGACACCUUACUACCAAUCUACGCCUCUGGCCCCAACACCGUUUAGCACCAACUCAGCAUACAACGAUCCGGACUUCUCGGGUUGCGCAAGUAAUGACGUUGAAUGCAACAUGGCCUGGGGUCUUCGCAUUGUUGACUCUGCCAACAUUUACCUAUACGGUGGCGGCUUAUACUCUUUCUUCCAAGAUUACUCCCAGACGUGUUUGGAGGACGAGACGUGUCAGGCCUCGAUCGUGGAUAUUGAAAGCUCAUCCGCGAUAUAUCUCUACAACCUCAACACGGUCGGCAUAGUGAACAUGGUGACUUUGGAUGGGGCGAGCGUUGCAAAGCAGGCGGAUAAUACGGACACGUUUGCAUCGACGAUUAUGGCAUGGUUGGCAGGUGUGUGA